AUGCCUCCCCCGCCUGCUAAGUGGAAAGGAGUUUGUGAGUCUAAUUUCAUCAACAAGUGUAAUAACAAGCUCAUUGGAGCGAGGUCCUACCAACUUGGCAAUGGUUCCCCGAUAGAUGGUAAUGGACAUGGUACACACACAGCGGGCACAGCGGCAGGAGCCUUUGUGAAAGGUGCUAAUGUAUAUGGCAAUGCUAAUGGCACUGCAGUUGGUGUUGCUCCUCUUGCCCACAUAGCCGUAUAUAAGGCAUGUAAUUCCAAUGGCAAGUGUUCUGAUAGUGAUAUUUUAGCUGCCAUGGAUUCAGCUAUAGAUGAUGGAGUAGAUAUUCUUUCAAUCUCCAUUGGUGGAUCUCCGAGGCCUUUUUAUAAUGACAAUAUUGCUAUCGGGGCAUACCGUGCAACAGAAAGAGGCAUUCUUGUUAGUUGCUCAGCAGGCAAUGAUGGUCCUUCUAUUGCUUCAGUAGGAAAUGCAGCCCCGUGGAUUCUUACUGUAGGUGCCAGCACACUUGAUAGAAAGAUAAAAGCUACUGUUAAGCUUGGAAAUGGACAGGAAUUUGAAGGAGAAUCUGCUUAUCGUCCACAGAUUCCCAACUCAACAUUCUUCACUCUAUAUGGUGCUGGAAUAAAUGCAAAAGAACAAUCUGAAACCCCUUAUUGCAAACCAGGGUCACUCAAUGACCCUGCUAUAAGAGGAAAGAUAGUAUUAUGUCUAGCAUUCGGUGGCGUCUCCAGUGUUGAUAAAGGACAAGUUGUGAAGGAUGCUGGAGGUGUUGGCAUGAUUGUCAUCAAACCGUCACAUUAUGGUGUCACUAAAUCAGCUGAUGCUCAUGUUCUUCCAGCAUUGGAUGUUUCAGCUGCAGAUGGAUUAAGAAUUCGUGCUUAUACAAACUCAACAUUAAACCCUGUUGCUACAAUCACAUUCCAAGGAACAAUAAUUGGAGAUAAAAAUGCUCCAAUAUGGCCAGUUGAAAAAUCUAUAGCCAGCCUAUACGUGUCAAAAGACCAAGUCCAAAUUCUACAAUUGAAGGGGACCAAUGUAUAUCAUCCAUGGUACAUGUUUGUCUUGCAAAGAAAUUAA